GCAAUCGCUCACAUGAGAAAAGAACAAGAUACAAGUUCCACUGAGGAAAAUUCAUUAUUAUGAUGCAAUUUACAUAUUCAAAAAGGAGUGAGAAUAAGUACAAAUGGAUUUAAUCUCACCCCUUCUCCAUUAGUCCAUUAAUUAAUAAUUAAUAAUAAAUCCAAUUUCUAUUAUUUGGAGUUAAUGAUAGUAAAAUAAAUGCUAUAUAUAAAUAUACAUUUUGUCCAAACUCAUACACCUACAUAUUCAAAAUCAUUAUUUAUAGCAAAAAAAGAGGAAGAUAAACUAAGGAACAAUAAAUAUUAAGUGACCAAAUAAAGAAACAGUGUCUCUGCAAACACCUAGUGAUUGUCAACUCCCUUCUUCAUCCCUGCACCUUGUGAGCAACAUAUCUUUGUGCUUUAUUUUAAACUGGGUCAUGUUUGGACAUUGUUUUAACUCCACUAAUAAUAAUAAUAACACUAAUAAUAAUAAUAAUAACGAAGUGAAAGGCAAUACUGGAAAAUACACCUACAGCCUGCCUCAGUAGGGUGAAGAACAUUGGCAGGUAGCCUGAGGGCCGAUCACAGGAGCAGCGCUGUGGAGGCUUGAGCUUCAUGACACUCACACAAAACCUGUUGUCAACUCAACACUGAGUAACUACAGUGUGAGGUCGAGUCCGUUAAAACCAUCUGGAGGGAUUUGUGUUGAAGUGUUCCCCUGGAUUCACACCGAGCACGGCAGCGGGCAGGUGAGAUGAACUUUGAUUAGGGUUCUGACUUCUCUGAUCCUUUUCGCUGGGUCAUUAAUUAACACGUUACAUAAUCUCUACACUUAUAUUUAAUAAUGUGUUGAGCUAAAUGUUAAUUGUUGAGCUAAAUGUUUCACCCAACGUCCUCUUACUAUUGUAAAAGGUCAAACCAUCACUGUAUCUUAUUCUAUUUCAUUUUUUAUAAAAUUAAGAAUUUGACUUGAGGUUUAAAUUUUCGUACGGAUUAGUCCUUUUUAUUCCUUUUACCCUUUUUGUUCUUUUGAAUCUUCCAUUAGUUUAGUUUCAAACUGUUACUUCAAAAAGUUAUCUUGGAUCUUUAUAAAGUAUCUUUUUGAAUGUCUCUACAGCAGCUUGAAUCUAUCCUGUGUGUGUGGAACGUGCUUUAUAAGUAACACGGCCUUGUCUUACAUUAAAGCGAAGCGUCUCUGUGGACAGAAGUGAGAUCUGAAGAUGUCAUCCAAGAAAGUGAUCGAGUUGUUCUACGAUGUGGUCUCCCCAUACUCUUGGCUCGGCUUUGAGCUCAUGUGUCACUACAGAACUGUGUGGAACGUGGAGGUGAAACUGCGUCCUGCUUUACUGGGCGGCGUCAUGCAGGGAUCAGGCAUUAGGUCUCCUGGUAUGGUUCCAGAUAAAUCUGUGUACAUGACACACGAUCUGCAGCGCUUUUCAAAUCACUUUGAGGUUCCCCUGAGCUUUCCAUCAGACCCCACUGAGGCCAUUUACAAAAAAGGUUCCUUGUCUGCAAUGCGAUUCGUGACAGCAGUACAAAAGAGGGAAAAGGAUGGAGACAAACAGGUGGAGCAGGUUUCCCGGGAGCUGUGGAGACGAAUCUGGAGUCAGGACAAAGACAUCACUGAACCUGCUUCACUGUCUGAGGCAGCAAAGAAAGCAGGUCUGUCUGAUGAUGAUAUUAAAUCAGCGAUGGAGUCGUACAACACCAAGGAGAUUAAAGACAAGCUGAAAAGCACAACGCUGGAUGCAUUACUUGACUAUAAGUCGAUCGGCUUACCCAUGAUGGUGUGUCAUAUUGAUGGAAAACCAGAGAUGUAUUUUGGAUCUGACCGGUUUGAGCUCAUGGCCCACAGCCUCGAAGAGAAGUGGCUGGGACCUGUGCCUCACAAGGCCGCUGCCAAGCUGUGAGAUGGAAACUGUCUUCAAACAUGUGCUCGAAGAUUCUGGAAUCUAUCUGUCUGUAAUGAUGCCUUUAGACUUAAAAAUUCACAUUCUGUAAGCGGUGCCU